AUGUUGAAGAACGUUGAUACAUUGAGUCAUGAUUUUUUCAUGCAUUAUCCGCCUUCCGAAAAGCUUGACACGUUGCCUGUUGUGGGUUGUAUUACAGAUGGAGGGAACAGAAACCGCGUGAUCGGCCCAGCUGAGUGGAGGAAGAUAUCUCCGUUGAUUAGACUGGAAUACUCACUUUGCGGAACAACUAUUGGUUUCUUGUAG